UCUGUAAGUCAGUUUUAGCUUUUAAGUCCUCUUCACCUCGCACGAUCUCGCAGUUUUUCACAUAAAAACAACUUUUAAUUAAAAAAAUUUCGAACCUUUCGGUGAACACAUUAAAAAUUUAAUCAAUCAAAAUGUCUUUACCUUCACUAACCAACAACAUAAUUCAGCCCCAAAAUAUUGUUAUUAACCAAGUCCCGUUGUCUCAUAAUGUGGUGAACGUUAAUUCAAACAACAGUAUUCCGAUAGCGACAGCACUUACCCAUACAACACAAAACACCAUAAGCCAAGGGGAUAUACGAACUGAUGUCAUUAUGGAUACCAUGCCUUUAGCUGGUUCAAGUAUAGUUAAUGUUCAAACCGUCCCUGUGCAAGGGACUAGUCCUGUUAAAAAUGUUACACAAUCAUCUGGCCCUUCUGAAUCUCUUCAGGUUUUAACGAAAACACGAAUGGCUGACCUGGUGAGAGAUAUUGACCCAAAUAUUUAUAUGGAAGAUGAAGUUGAAGAAAUUUUAUUGAGUUACGUCGAUGAGUUUGUUGAUCGAGUGUUAAAUGGCGCAAGUUUAAUAGCAAAACAUCGUCACGUGAAUAAUAUUGAAGUUAAAGAUAUUCAACAAUUUAUAAGCCGUAAUUUCAACAUGUGGGUUCCUGGACUUGGUACGGAUGAACUCAAACCUUAUAAGAGAAGUUUAACCACGGAAGCACACAAACAAAGACUCGCACUCAUUAGAAAAGCUUUGAAAAAAUAUUAAGUUAUUACAUAUUAUUAAUAUUAUCGUAAUCAGGUUAAUAAUUUUUUUUUCUAAAAACGAAAAUGACCAUCUUUAUUUAGAAUAAGAACUUUUGUUUGAUUCAUUCUGUACAUGUAAUAAAUAUAAAAUGGGUUUUAAGUUUUAAAUAAAUGUUUUCAUGAAAAAAAUUGACAA